CAAUUAGCAGGUUUCAAAUACAGAAUAAAACGAACGAUUCUUUUGCCUAUGAUAUGUAAACCGCUACAUGGUUUUCGAAUAUUCAUACAAUUCUAAACUCUUGAUGUCUCUUUCUUAAAUUUGACUUCCUGAAACUAAGUUAGCGAAUAACUGUUAUAUUAUAUUUAGUAACAUUAUCAUGCUUUCUUUAUACCUCAAGGUGUCCUUUCAACAAUGGGAAAUGUUACAGUAUGGCCGAAUUACCCUUACUCCACACAUAUCAUUGUAGUUACAGUGAGUAAUCCUGGACAUUCGUGUUCCUAUACCGCAACAUGCACAAUAAGCAUGCGGUUCUCCUUCACCAACUGGCCUAUCAGAAUUGCAAGUCUGCCUUCAAGCACAAAUAUUCAUGAGGAUACUGAUGCACGUACUCUCGUUCACGGUAUAAUCACCUUUGAUUACAACAAUCCGGACCAUGACAACGUCACGUGUGUUGUUGUCAACAAUGAAGAACCAACCCUUCUUGAAUUAACCCAUAACGGCAACUUCAGUUAUAACUCUUGGUUCAUAUAUAAGAAACGAUGUCAAAACACUGGUUGCGGAUACAUCAAUGCUAACUUUCUCUGUGACGAAGGAUUUGCCUGUUUGAACAAUGACCUUGACAACGAGUAUACAAUGACGAUCAAGUGCAGCGAUGCGUAUGGUUCAGACGACACGGAAACGUUCACUUUAAAAGUAACUGAGAAUCAACCACCCGUGUUCACAAAUACUCCAACAACGAUAACGAUAAACAUUGACAAUAUACCGAUAGCGCAUUUAGAAAACAUAUUUUCUAUCUACUACACGGACGCUGAAAGUGAAACACUGGACUAUAACUACACCAUAUCACCAAUUACACCAUCAUUGUUUGCUUUUGAUAGCCGUGGAAACUAUAACAAUACACCAGCAAAUGUUACAAUUGCCAGUUUUCAAUCGGAUCCUGUCAAUGCCACGUUUUCUGUUACUUUCUGUGGAACAGAAAGGCGUAAUAUAGUUUGUUCUUCCUUCACGAUAAAAGUGGGAUGUUUCCAGACACUAAAUUGUCAUGAUCAGACAGGUAACUUUAGUGAUCAACAUGUUAAAGGUGAAACACUUUUUACAGUCACUUAUGACGACCCAUUUGACAAUUUCACUUCAAUGCACACAUCCUGGCGAAAUUUGUCUUUCGACAUUGUGUCCUCAACACUAGCUGAUGUUUCAAUUGAUACGAAAUCAGGUAUCAUAUCAACUUCAAGAAAUAUAACAGUGUGGCCGGAAUAUCCGUAUACCACUCGUACAAUAGUUGUCAGAGUAAGCAAUAUGGAUAAUACCUGCUCCUACACCGCAUCAUGUACAAUGACAAUGAACGUGUACUUUACAAAUUGGCCUCUCCGAAUUUUAAGUUUACCGACGUCUUUUAUUGUGAAUGAGGAUCAAGAUUCCAGACUCAAAAUGCAUAAAAUCAUUCUAGAAGACCAAAAUAAGCCUGAACAGGACAAUGUUACAUGCAGUGUUGUAGACAACAACGACGAAUCGCUAUUGGAACUGUAUCACAACGAAGGCUAUAGGAAAGACUCAUGGUUCAUUUACAAGAAAAGCUGUCAAAUGCCAGGUUGCGGUUACCUGAAGGAUAACUUUAUUUGCCAAAAAGACUCAGGCUGUAUGAAUUAUGCCACAGCAAGUCAUUACUCAAUAACCAUUCGUUGUAGUGACGCAUAUGGUUCAAGUGAUGUGGGGACGUUUACUUUAAACAUAACGGCAAAUGAGCCACCGAUAUUCACCAAUACACCAACCUCAAAAACAAUCGGCACUGACGAAAUAGAAUAUUUUGACAUCGUGUUUGCAAUAUAUUACUCUGAUGCUGAAAAUGAAGAUUUAGACUAUAACUUCACUGUUACUCCGGAAGAACCUUCAAUUUUUGCAUAUGACACACAUGGGAAUUUUAACAAUAACCCUGCAAAGAUAACAUUCAAGUACACCGAAUUAGAAACUACUGCAUUGAAUGGAUCUUAUGAAGUGCGCUUUUGUGGAAGUGACAGGCGAAAUAUAGUCUGCUCAUUCUUAAUGAUAAACAUUUCAUUACCAGCUGAAGACAAACACUUUCCUACAGUCGAACUCAUAUCAGGCCUCGCCGUCGCUGCUCUAAUUUUAACCAUUUGUGCAAUAUGUUUUUAUAAAAUUAAAAUGAGAAAUCAAAUCACCGAAAGGAAUCACUUGAACGGCGAGAUAGAAAUAGUAAAUCAGUACGAAGACUUGCAAACCUAUAGCAACCCUGAAGCUAUUUAUGAUGAAACACACUUCCAAGAAACAGAGGUUGAUAUUGAUGCCGCAAUGGGUAGAGGAAUAAAUGGACAUUUGGAUAUCGGGAGUGAAACUCACACGGCAGAUGAGAGUGAAGCAGAAACACAAGACGUGGCAACAAAUGAAUAUCUAAAUACAAGCAUAACUGGUAACAAUUUAGCACAAAAUUAAUCAACAAGAGAAGAUAGUGACGUAAGUGACUUAACAGGAAUAUAUUUACCAUGAAAAUUAGCACCAAUCUCGGGACAUGCUGUUUUAAUUAAUUAAUGCGAAAAAAAAUGUAAAUACAGCGGAUAGACACAGUUUAGAAAUCACUGCUGAAAGGAAAGAAACCCGUUGAGAUUAUAUUUUUAGGACUUUUUGCAUGGUUAAAUUUUAAGUACUUAUCUAAACGAAUGAAAAGAGCAUCGUGUAUUUAGUGUCAUAAUAUUUCAUGCACUUAUAUAAGUAGUCAUGUAAUGCUUUUGCUAAACUUAUGAUAAUAUUUUUCUCUUACAUAUAACUAUCAUUUUUUGUAUUUGUUAAAAUGACACUUUGCUCAUUGUUUCGUUUUCAAGUUGAUCUAAAUUAGCUACAUAAUUAUACACCAGUGUACUAGUAAAUGACAAAUAAAUGAUAAUUACAACUGUUUAGGAACACCAGUUAAAUAAAAAUAGCAUGAUAUGUUACAAUCUGUUAGUAAAUACCAUAAACAAACCAUGAAAACCUUUAUAUGUUAACACAGGUACAGUAAUAAACGUAAAUUGCGUGCGCUUAGCUCCAAUCAACCGGAAGAGUACUGGCAUUACUUAAACACGGCCAUAAUAGAUGAAAAUCAGGCAUCAUUUCAGUCUUGUCUCAAAAAUUUUCACAAAUAUUUUGAGAUAUGUGAAUCAAAUAUAAACUUUCAAAAAACUGAGGUUGUUGUCUGCGGGACAAAUAAACCCAAGUCAUACACUUCCAAUAUAAAUGAUCAAUUAAUCGAAAAUGUAAAAUGGAAUAUGAGUAUCUAGGUGUUAUUUUCUCUAGCUCUUGUUCCUUUCUUGCUUGUAGGAAAAACUUUUCACAGGCAAACAAAGCCAUGAAUGUUUUAUAUAUGAGAAUAAAAAACCUUGACCUCUUAAACUUACAAAUAAAGUUAUUCGACCAUACAGUGCUUCCCAUUCUUACAUACGGAAGUGAAAUAUGGGGGUUUGAAAAUUGAAAUAUCAUAGAACAAGUUCAUUCCAAUUGUUUACGCAAGAUUACAUGUUAUAUGCUGAACUUGAGCGCUAUUCCAUUGAAAUAAACAUUAAAUCAGUCCAAAGAAUCAAAGAUUUCAUAGAUAUGUUACAAGUAUAUGAUACAAUCUUACCAAAACUUUAAAUUGAUUAACUUUGUUAAAAGUAUACUUAAUUCAACAGGUAAUUCUAUUUUGUGGUUAAAUGAAAAUAAUAUCCAAGCUAAAUGUAUUAACAAAUUGGUAAAUAAACAAACAUAAAUCGGCCAAUAUAAACAAGAAUGGUUCUCACAACUAGAAAACUCGCAAAAAGAUAACUCUAUGGUAUGUUUAAAAACUGUUUUAAUGUAGAGUACUAUUAAAGUAUUCUCCCCCACCCAUUAAGUUAUCUCUUUUGCAUUUCCGAACUGCUAACCAUCGUUUCCAGUGGUUACGAGUCGUUGGAAUCAGUCUUUAAAACCGCAUGAGCAAAGACAGUGCCAGAAAUGUAACUUGGGGGACAUUGGCGAUGAGAUGCAUUAUCUGUUAACAUGUCUUUUUUCAGAACUAAAGAUAGACAGCUAAUACCAGAGAGAUUCUGCACUAGACCAAAUAUACUAAACUUUAAGGAACUGCUUAACACAAAUGAUAGCCAGACCCUAACAAACCUUAGCUUAUAUGUUAAAUUUGUCAUGAAACAAUUUACAAUUGAUAACAAUCAGAUUGACUGAUUUAUUUUACAUACCUGUUAAUACUUACUAUUCCAAUCUUAACUUAAUUCUUUACUUUUCGUUUUGUGUUUGUUAUUCUGUUUUUGAUGUUGUUGUUUUUUUAAACAUCUGCAUUCAUUGUCAUUACACUCACGCAAUUGUGAAUAGCCUGUCUCAAUGGAAGUUUACAACCGACGAAUCAAACGUUCUAUUUAUAGAUAAGUCACGGAAACCCCGUGCUACAAUGUUAUUAUUAAAAAUUUUGUUUUUAAUAAAAUUAUUGGUUACUUUAUUCAAUGUUUGACUAUUGUAAAUUCACUGACUUUUUAUUGUUGUUAGCUUAUUAAGAACUCAAAUCAUGUUGGGUUUUUUACCGCUUUUAAAUAAAUACUUCAAAUAUUGUCCGCUUUCCCCAUCGAAUAAAAAACACUUAA